AUGGACUUGGAAGUUGUAGUUGAUCCAUCUAUAGAACCCUCUAUUGACUUCGUGUUCGUACACGGGUUGACUGAAUUUCGAGACGAAGCUGAGGACGACUCUAAACCAAUUCUCAAUGAUGAUAGCUGGAUUCUCCGUCGGCUUCCCAAUGAUUACCCUGGCUGUCGGGUCUCUAUAUUCAAUUACGCCAAGAGAAAACGAUUUGAGACCGUUUUCACUCCCGAAGGUGCAAAGGCCGAGACCUUGAGGCUCCUCGAUAAUCUACUGAGCUUUAGGGAAGACCCAAAGACUAGGGGUAUGGUGCUUAUAGGACAUGAUGUUGGCGGCAUCCUGAUCAAGAAUGCGCUUGUGUAUGCAUAUCAACGCCUUGGAAAGUACGGGAGUGUCUUCUUCUCAGUCAGCACGAUAGUAUAUCUUGGAUGUCCACACGAAUAUACCAACCUUACUAAGCUACGGGAAGGUCUUGUUAAGCUACUCCAGAAUAGCCAUUCAACGAACUCAACAGAAGAAUAUGCAUGGGAACUCGCGGGGUUCCUACCCGAUUUAAUAGCUGAGGCCGGUAGUCAUUUUCGAGAUUUAAGUAUCUCAAUGGCUGCAACAACCAUAAAUGUGUGUUCCAUCCAUGAGAACCAGUCGACAUGCGUUUUUGAUGAACCCGGGCUGAUGAACUUGCGUCCAUCUGAAGCCACCUAUGUCAUAAAGCCGUCGACACAUAGCGAACUACUAUCACGAGAUGAUGCCUUUGAACACAUAGUAAAACUAUUAAAGCCGGACUUAUUACGUGACCAGGACAUCAGGAGACAUAUUUGGGAACUCACGUUACAAGCACCACCCCCGGCUACCCCUGAAUUAAUGCUCUGCAAUUCGCUGUGGCUAGAGAAAAUAUUGGAUGAUAAAGCAUUCUUAGAUUGGAAAACCAAACAAUCACCGACCUACCUCUUAGUUCAGUGUCAAUCGCGAGAUACUGCAGCUUCGGUAGGUAACACAAUGUUCUCCCAUCUUGGUGAUAAACGUAUAGAAGGCGCCGAUGUUGUUUGGCUCUACUUCGCAUUUUCGCUCUUGGACCGUCGGUAUGGCACAGCGGAGGCAGUGCUGUACUCUUUUUUGGGUCAGCUUAUCGCUCAGCUCCGGUAUGGCGACCAAGAGACACUAUUCUCUAAUGCCUUUACAAGUUGGCAUGAGAGAUAUUCAGUGUUCGGUACCUUUACCUUGGAAGAUUUAUUUUCCUUGUUUCAUGAAAUCCUGCUGCUACUCGACUCCCAUGGCCAUGGCAUUACGUGUGUCCUCAGCAACUUUGACGAAAAUGUUGCCUCUUAUGAGCGCUUGGUGGACAUGUUUAAUGAAUUGGCCAACGAAUGCGAGAUAAACUUCAGGAUCCUUGCAACACAUGCAGAUGAACCUACGAAACAAGACUGCUGCUUGAAGUGGGCACGUAUUAGUCUUCCCGAAAAUUUUCAUGGGUCGGGCCAUAUUGAAAUCGAUUUGCCUAUCCAGACAACCAAAGAGAUAACUAAGGACUUCGAACAAGAGUUAGCGCUUAUACGGCUGAUUAAAGAGCGUCCGAACACUUACGGAAUUGCGGCACGGAUUGACGACCUCUUGCAGAAGUUUAGCAAAGACAAGAAACUAUGCAAAGUCGUCCUGGGGUGGCUUAGAACUUCUGACUUAACCUUGCUGACCAACUCCAUACUUGUGCCAGAAAGGGAGAUCGCAAGGAUCCUCCGUUUAGUGCUUCAUGCUGUCAGACCCUUGACUAUUACGGAGUUUCAAGACAUUUGGAUAGUUUCUGGGAUAGGCCAAGCGAAGGAAGGUAGCAUUACCACAAACUGCCGUCCGCCCGAGGGCAUUACUUUACUGUCAUGCGGCUUGCUCGAACCACAAGGGAACGAAGUUGGCUUUGCGCACCCGUUUAUUCCUAGCAUCCUAUCCAAGUCCCUACGCAGAACCGGACACGAAGAAACUCGUGAGCAUGAUCAUCAAGAGAUUAUGAAUCUGUGUCUAAAGUAUAUAACCUCCUCAAGAGGUCGGGAUUUAUCAACAGCUGAACUUCAAACAGAAGAAAAUGGUCUAAUUUUAAGACAUCACUUCCUUGCCUAUGCUGUACAAUAUUGGCCUCGCCAUGCGGUACUGUCGGGGAUAGAAUGGUGCUCAACUAACCCCCAGAUUCAAGAAUUCUUGAAAGAUCAGGAAUUGCAAGCUACCUGGGCUAAGUUAUAUUGGGCUCUGGCAAACCCACUCUCCCAUAUCCAUCAACCAAGCGUCCGUCCAGAGUAUAUCUUUGCGAUACAUGGUUUAAGCGCUCUCCUAAACUUCUCCAGUACUGGGGUAUUGGCUACUUUGAAGGACCACGAGCUGGUUAAGCUACUUGAAUACGCCUCGAAAGCAGGCCAACGAGAAGUAGUACAGCAUCUACUAAACCUACCAUUUCAAAAGAUUGAAAUACUGGAUAGUACAAUUCUGGCAGCUUUCCACUCAGGAGACGAGCAGAUCAUAUCAGGGCUGAUAGAUUUCGCGUUAACAACCCCCAAGAUGAUCAACGAUCCAUACAAAUUGCUGUGUCGAGCUGCUUCAUUGAAUCACAUUAUAACGGUGGAAAAGUUGAUCCCGCUAGCGAAACAGAAAGGAGUUCCGGAUACCAUCAGUCAUUGCAUAUCCGUCCUUCAGCAUGCAUGCGCAAGAAAUAAAUACGAAGUCAUCGAGAUCAUUAUUAAGAAUGAUCUUGUGGUUUCUCACGCAGACAUUUGGACUUCGUUGCAACUUGCUUGCAAAUAUUCCAGCCCUCAUGCAGUUACACUUCUGCUAAAUGCGGCUGUUGAGCGUAGUCAGCCCGAUAUGAAACAGGAUUACAAGAAUUUGCUCGAUAUCACCAUCAAAUUUGGAAAGUUUUCCAAUUUCAACGUCAUCUUGAAGAGGCCGGAACUUGCUGGACUGAAAAGCGAGCUUGUCAUAGCUAUGCUGGACGAAGUCAUCACAACAAGGCAUAUUAAGUGUGGCCAAAUACUGAUGAGCUGUAUUAAGGGGUCAAUUAAUCCGGAGGAAGAGGACUAUAGGUCAAAAGUUUCUCGAACGAUCGAAAGAGAGCUUGAUCCGCUUUUUGAACAGUUGCUAACAGUAGACGGAGCGCUCUCGGAGACAAAUUUGAAGUCAUUUAUCGAGUUUGUAUUUCUACAUGGAAGCAAGCUCCCUGUGUUUGAACACAUAGUUAGCUUAGCCUCUAAGCUUACUUUCAAGGAUGAAAUAUUGAAAUUUUGCUUCCAUAGGGCUGUGGUGAAUAACAGGGAGGACUGCGUACGACAUCUUAUUCAUAUUGGAGCCGAUAUUGACAACCGUUUCGGCGGGGGAACACCUCUCUAUUUCGCGGCAUAUUUCCAACGCAUAGAAAUUGUCCGGCUACUAAUUGAGAAUGGGGCCAGCAUCACAAUAUGUAGUGAUGGUGAACAAUGGAGCCCCCUUCAUGCAGCUUACGACAGCGCUGAGAUUUCACGCAUGCUCCUUGAAGCCGGAGCGGAUGUGAACGCGAAAACUACGACAAAAUUCACGCCGCUAGAUAUUGCUGCCAGUAAUGGCUUUGGGGAUACUAUAAAGGUCCAUCUGGAAUUCGAACCUAGUAUAGAGUCGAAACAAAAUGCCCUCCUCUCAGCACUUGACAAUAAUAACGAAGGAUCCGUAAGGCUCCUCCUCGAUGCCGAAACCGACCCCCGAAAGUCACCAGACGAGGGGCGUUUAGAAUUAGAUCGUGCCGUUUCCACCAAAAAUCCUACAAUUGUUAGAAUGCUAUUAGAAUAUGGCAUAUCCUUAGAAGGUAGCGAAAGUACACAGGGAAAGUCGUCUCUAAGCGUUGCUGCAGGGAUCCUAAAUCCAGAAGACGGGUUUUCUAUUAUCAAGCUUCUUGUCAACAGAGGCUCAAACAUUGAAAGCAUAGACGGAUACGGUCUCACGCCUCUUUGCAGAUUAGCCAUGAAAGGCCAUAUAGGGGCAGCUAAAUAUCUACUAUCAAAAGGAGCCAAGAUAGAUAUUCAGUGCGGUCAGUAUGGCGGUCCGUUGAUUCAAGCAUGUUUCUGGUCAUCCUUGGACAUGGUAAAGCUUCUGUGUGAACACGAUGCUGAUGUUAAUAUCACUUGUCCUGGGAUAGAGCAAUCUCCUCUACAGGCAACAUUAUAUCGUAAUCAAGACGACGAAAAGGACAAGAUUAUUACAUAUCUCAUCAACGAUGCCCCUAACAGGGUAGAUAUCAAUCAAUCAGGUCCAUUGUGGGGAGUAUCCCUCAAUUUAGCUUCUCUGAACUCCAACAUUGAUAUUAUGAAGCUUAUAAUCAAUGGCGAGGGUGUGGACGUCAAUGUCUCUGAUGCCAUGGGCAGAAAGCCGAUACACUUCGCCUUAUACCGCUCUAGAGAGAGAGUUGAGCUACUUCGUCAGCAUGGAGCUCAGUUACUCGAUCGCGACAGCAUGCAAAGAGGCUCGCUUCACUUUGCUGUCCUUAGUGGAUCUUUGGACCUGGUCCGAUAUGUUCUCGAUGAAGGCAAGGCCGAACAACUCGUCGAUCAGAAGGAUAUCGACGGGUGGACACCAUUACUUUGGGCUUUGCGCAUCUGUCCACGAUGGCAGACAGAAACGUUAUUCGAGUUCCAAAGAUUGGAAAUCAUAGAGGAACUGCUAGAGAGAGGAGCGGAAUUACAGGUUUCUGGAUCGGGGCUAGACAGAACCUGGAACGCGUUGAAACUUGCUAAGUUCUGCGGAUUACCGAGAGAAAUUAUCGACGUCUUGGAGGGAAAGGGUCGUAAGCCAUUGACAGGUAAACUUCGACCAAGAUGGGAUAGGACGUCACGGGCAACAAGAAAAGGCCAACUAGAGGGUUGUGAAUGGUUCUGUGACGCAUGUCUAACAUGUCUGAUUGGAGUGUAUUACUGCUGUAAUGAGUGCCCUAACUUCGGCUUAUGCUUCAAAUGCUAUCGUUCGAGAGAUAUAGUGCACCCGGACCAUAGCUUUAGCGGAUUAGGAAAUGAAUAUGAACCUAUCAGCGAAGACGACGAGGAUAGUGAGAAUAACGACAACGGAAAUAGUGAAAUUGAAGCCGAAGCCAUAGGAAUAGGGAUGGGCGAACAAGGCGUCAGCAAAGAGGAGGAUUCUUAG